GCGAUGCCGGACCCCGCGGCGCACCUGCCCUUCUUCUACGGCUGCAUCUCGCGCGCCGAGGCGGAGGAGCACCUGAAGCUGGCGGGCAUGGCGGACGGGCUCUUCCUGCUGCGCCAGUGCCUGCGCUCGCUGGGCGGCUACGUGCUGUCGCUGGUGCACGACGUGCGCGUGCACCACUUCCCCAUCGAGCGCCAGCUCAACGGCACCUACGCCAUCGCGGGCGGCAAGGCGCACUGCGGCCCCGCCGAGCUCUGCGAGUUCUACUCGCUCGACCCCGACGGCCUGCCCUGCAGCCUGCGCAAGCCCUGCAACCGCCCCGCGGGCCUCGAGCCGCAGCCCGGCGUCUUCGACUGCCUGCGCGACGCCAUGGUGCGGGACUACGUGCGCCAGACGUGGAAGCUCGAGGGCGACGCCCUGGAGCAGGCCAUCCUCAGCCAGGCCCCGCAGGUGGAGAAGCUGAUCGCCACCACGGCGCACGAGCGCAUGCCCUGGUACCACAGCGGCCUGACGCGGGAGGAGGCCGAGCGCAAGCUCUACUCGGGGGCGCAGACCGACGGCAAGUUCCUGCUGAGGCCUCGGAAGGAGCAGGGCACGUACGCGCUGUCCAUGAUCUACGGGAAGACUGUGUACCACUACCUCAUCAGCCAGGACAAGGCCGGCAAGUACUGCAUUCCCGAGGGCACCAAGUUUGACACGCUCUGGCAGCUGGUGGAGUACCUGAAGCUGAAGGCCGACGGGCUCAUCUACUGCCUGAAGGAGGUCUGCCCCAACGCCAGUGCCAGCUCUGCAGGUGCUGCCGCUCCCACCCUCCCGGCCCACCCGUCCACCUUCCCGCAGCCUCCGAGACGGGUGGACACCCUCAACGCAGAUGGAUACACCCCUGAGCCAGCAGGUCUAGCAUCCCCAGAGAAGCCCCGGCCGCUGCCCAUGGACACAAGUGUGUACGAGAGCCCCUACAGUGACCCCGAGGAGCUCAAGGACAAGAAGCUCUUCCUGAAGCGCGAGAACCUUCUUGUGGCGGACAUUGAGCUCGGCUGUGGCAACUUCGGCUCUGUGCGCCAGGGCGUCUACCGCAUGCGCAAGAAGCAGAUCGACGUGGCCAUCAAAGUGCUAAAGCACAGCACGGAGAAGGCGGACAAGGACGAGAUGAUGCGCGAGGCGCAGAUCAUGCACCAGCUGGACAACCCCUACAUCGUGCGGCUCAUCGGGCUGUGCAAGGCCGAGGCGCUCAUGCUGGUCAUGGAGAUGGCGGGGGCCGGGCCUCUGCACAAGUUCCUGCUGGGCAAAAAGGAGGAGGUCCCGGUGGGCCACGUGGCGGAGCUGCUGCACCAGGUGUCGAUGGGGAUGAAGUACCUGGAGGAGCGGAGCUUCGUGCACCGCGACCUGGCGGCGCGCAACGUGCUGCUGGUGAACCGGCACUACGCCAAGAUCAGCGACUUCGGCCUCUCCAAGGCGCUGGGCGCCGACGACAGCUACUACACCGCCCGCUCGGCGGGGAAGUGGCCCCUCAAGUGGUACGCGCCCGAGUGCAUCAACUUCCGCAAGUUCUCCAGCCGCAGCGACGUCUGGAGCUUCGGGGUGACCAUGUGGGAGGCCUUCUCCUACGGCCAGAAGCCCUACAAGAAGAUGAAAGGCCCCGAGGUCCUGGACUUCAUCAAGCAGGGCAAGCGGAUGGAGCGCCCGCCCGAGUGCCCCCCGGAGAUGUACGCGCUCAUGAGCGACUGCUGGACCUACCAGUGGGAGGACCGCCCGGACUUCCUGACGGUGGAGCAGCGCAUGCGGAGCUACUACUACAGCGCGGCGAGCCGGGCCCCGGGCGCCCCGGAGGGCGCGGGGGCGGCCGAGGCGGCCCGCGCCUGAGCGCC